AUGUGUUGUGCUUAGUAUAGUGGUUGUGCGGGUGUUUGUAGCGGUUAUUUUCUAUGGGUAGAUAGUGUUGUCUACCGGAGACUGGGAUAUCUUUAUAUAUUAUUAUUAACGUUCUUUGCCACAGAAAUGUACCCAAACAUUACAACAAGUUAUUUUUCUAAGUGAUUACUAUUUUCAUGUUGUAAAAUCUGGUUUGUGUUUUUGACAUGGCGGAUAGUGCUAGUGAAAGCGACAGCGGUUCGGUUGAUGGAUUGUGUACUAUUCCUCUGUCUUUAACUAGAGAACAGUUCCAAAAACGAAUAGACUCUUUACAGCAAGAAAAUAAAGUCUUGAAACUUGAAGUUGAAACUUAUAAAUUUAGAAUCAAAAGUUUGCAAGAAGAAAAUAAAUAUUUGAGACAAGUUAGCGUUAAUAUACAAGCAAAAGCUGAACAGGAAGAAGAAUAUAUUAGCAAUACUCUUUUAAAGAAAAUUCAAGCUUUGAAAAAAGAACAAGAGGCCUUAGCUAUCAAUUAUGAGCAAGAAGAAGAAUGUCUCACUAAUGAUUUAUUUCGAAAGCUUUCUCAACUUCGUCAAGAAAAAGUGCAUUUGGAGCAAACUCUUGAACAUGAACAAGAAGCCUUAGUUAAUAAGCUUAUGAGAAAAAUAGAAAAGUUGGAAGCUCAGACUCAAGCCAAGCAGCAUAAUUUAGAGCAGUUGCGGAGAGAAAAAGUAGAAUUGGAGAAUACAUUAGAACAAGAACAAGAAGCUCUUGUGAAUAAGUUAUGGAAGCGCAUGGAUAAAUUGGAAGCUGAGAAAAGGCUUUUACAAGAAAAAUUAGAGCAACCUGUGUCUGCACCUCCUUCUCCAAGAGAUAUCAAUAAAGGUGAUACUGCUGCUAAUUUAACUCUACAUGUGCAACACCUCCGAAAUGAAGUAGCAAAGUUAAAAAUGCAGCUUCUGAAUGCACAGCAAGAGCAUUCUGAGAAAAUGGCACAGUUUGCUUUAGAAGAAAAAAAUGUCCGAGAUGAAAAUAUUCGCCUCCAGAGACGACUACAGAUGGAAGUUGAAAGAAGAGAAGCCUUAUGCCGUCAUCUUUCUGAGAGUGAAUCUAGUCUAGAAAUGGAUGAAGAAAGGCAGUUCAAUGAAAUGACAAGCUGUGGUCAUAUGAAUUCAAGAUCAGUGCCUAGUCCUGUUCCGCUGACCCAUCCAACUAUGUCUUCCAAUCCUCACAGUCCAGCCAUGAGUAUUUCUAGCAGCCGAGAAACAUUUAGUCCCAGUUCUUUCAACAGGUGCCACCACUGUAAUCAAAGUAUAACCCAGCUCAAUGUGAUGCCAAGUCCCUCACCUCCACCAGCUUUUUCACCAGGCUCUGUAAACUCUCAGGGUACAGGUUCCAAUUCAAAUCGAGGUAAGUCACCAUCCCAAGAGCGUUUUUUAAAGCCAGCUGCACCACCCUAGAAGAGCUGCUAGAUGCUUGGAAUGCUUUAAAGGCAGUGUGGUUAAGGAGCAAUGACAUUUUAUUGUUUCAUUUAAGGUCCUUAUUUGCAUUACUUACAAGUCAUGCUUCUUAAAUAUUUCAGUGUAAUUUGUAUGAAACACACGCUUACUCCUCUUCAAAUCUCAGUUUUAAAUAUGAGGUUGCAGCUUCAGUCACACGUUUUAUUUAUAUUCAAGUGUCUUGUGUUGAAAUGUUAUAUAUUCCUUAAUUUUCAUUUUUGUCUUGAUUUACACACAUAUACAUGCAUCAGCCUAACAGGGAAAUGUUAUUAGGAAAUAUAUGACAUUUAGUUGCAUUUUACAGAGUUUAAAAAUGUUUGCUAUUGAAUGCAAAGAUUAAUUUUUGUUCUCUUAAUAUAGUUGCAUUUUUAUGAAGGCUUUGACAGGUUCAAAUAUAGGAAGUGUUUGCAGCUAAUUAAUUUAAUGUUCCUCUAUUUGUAUAUAUUUGUUUCAAUCUUUUAUUGUCCUUUCAUCAGCAACUGAAAUUUUAGAUGACAUUGUAAUUUGUAUUCUUAGCUUCUGAACAAUGGACAAUUUACUUACAUGUGCUUUGUACUUAUAUUAUUGUAAUAUGUUGAAUGAGCUUUUCUGAAUUGUCAUAUGAAAAUUUCAAAGCAAGCAAUUGCUUACAACUUUCCUUUUUAUAUGUAUUUUUGAAAUAAAGCUCUUUUAUUUGAAUAUGUGUGUAUAAUAAAAUUUUAAGAUUGUUAUGCAUUUUUAAAACAUAAUGAUGAAACUAAAUUCAUAAAAGUUUCUGUAAUUUUCAAUCGGACUCAUGACUUAGAAACAAAGGUGUUAUUAUAUCAGUCGUUUUACCUCAGUAAUCAUGAACAUCUGUACAAAUACCAGUGUAUUGCAAUUUAAUAAAGAGAAUGUGUGUGUGUUCCACAAAA